CCAAAAUAGUCCCGACUAACAACAAGUUCUAAUUUAUUUGUUCUACUUCAAAGAAUCAAAUAAGGGUAAAAGCGUGUCGACUCUGCUUUCAUGUAAAUGGCAACAGGAGGAAUGAUUUAACAACAGAACUGACCAGCAAGUAACGAUCAGGCAUGAAUUAUGUCAAGUUAUAUGCAAAGAGGGCUCAUCUGUUUCAGUUUUCUGAACUUUAUGCUCGGAACAAUGCAGCUAUGACAGUGAUUCCCUUUCGACACAGACACCUUAUCAUCAGCAGGGCUAUGGCAUCAGACUCAGUGACCCGGUUUGACUUUCUGGUCAUUGGCGGUGGAUCUGGUGGACUAGCUGGUGCACGGAGAGCGGCUGAACUCGGAGCCACUGCUGCCGUGAUCGAGAGUCACAAACUCGGAGGUACCUGCGUCAAUGUUGGCUGUGUUCCAAAGAAGGUCAUGUGGAACACUGCCGUCCAUGCCGAGUUCCUCCAUGACCACGCAGACUAUGGGUUCCAGGGAGGAAGCAUGCAGUUCAGCUGGCCUUUUAUUAAGAAUAAAAGGGAUGCAUACCUUAGCCGUCUGAAUCAGAUUUAUCGGAAUAAUCUUGACAAGGCAAAGAUUGAAACGAUUGUUGGCCAAGCAGUGUUCACAGAUGACCCUGAGCCUACAGUGGAGGUCAACGGCAAAAAAUACACAGCACCACACAUCCUCAUUGCCACUGGGGGGCGCCCUAUAGUCCUCAGCGACAAAGAAGUGCCGGGAGCGGGCCUUGGAAUCACAAGUGAUGGCUUUUUUGAACUUGAAUCCCUGCCAAAGCGUACCAUUGUUGUGGGGGCAGGGUAUAUUGCUGUGGAGAUGGCGGGCAUCCUCUCUACAUUGGGGUCCAAAACCUCUAUCAUUAUCCGGCAGGGCGCGGUGCUGAGAAGCUUUGACUCCUUGAUAAGUUCCAAUUGCACUAAGGAAUUAGAACAUAUCGGCAUAGAGUUAUGGAAGAACACACAGGUAAAGUCUGUGAGUAAGAAGGAGAAGGGCCUGGAGGUGACGCUGGUCACCAGGGACCCCGAGAAAGAAGAGGAGAAGGAGGAAAUUAGCACCGUCCAGGGGGUGGACUGUCUGCUGUGGGCUAUCGGCCGUGAGCCAAACACUGAUGGCCUCAACCUUAAGAACAUGGGUGUAAAACAGGAUGAGAAGGGACACAUUUUGGUGGACGAGUUUCAGAACACCAGCCGCAAAGGCAUUUAUGCCGUGGGCGACGUCUGCGGCAAAGCCCUGCUGACACCUGUUGCCAUUGCUGCAGGCAGGAAGCUCGCACACAGGCUGUUUGAGGGGAAAGCGGAUUCCAAAGUGGACUACAGCAACAUUCCCACCGUAGUGUUCAGUCACCCACCCAUUGGCACCGUGGGGCUCACAGAAGAGGAGGCCAUCAAGAAGGAAGGCAAGGAGAACGUCAAGACCUACAACACAUCCUUCACACCCAUGUACCAUGCCAUCACCACCCGGAAAACCAAGUGUGUCAUGAAGCUGGUGUGCGUGGGCAAAGAGGAGAAGGUGGUAGGGCUUCACAUGCAAGGCCUUGGCUGUGAUGAGAUGCUCCAGGGCUUCGCUGUAGCCGUCAAGAUGGGCGCCACCAAGGCAGACUUUGAUGGGACCAUCGCCAUCCACCCCACGUCUUCUGAAGAGCUGGUUACCAUGCGAUAAGCCUCAGUACUGCAUAACCACAUUCGUUCUCCAAUAAGUCUCACCAAAAGCACCAGCAGGGCAAUUUCACACACUCUUCCUGCUUGUUUCGUUACCUUUGAUUGCUGCUUUUGUGUGCGUGCGGUCACGUGUGUUCACAGCAGUGGGCUUGCUUAUGAAAAACAGCUGUGUCCUUCCUAUCAAUUUUCAAGGAUUGUCUGUGCGUCUAUAUUAGGGAUGAGCACUUUACUUACCUUUAUGCAAGUAAUAAAGUUUUUCCAUAUUGA